GCUGGAGUAGGAGGCAGUGUUGCUCAGAGCCGAGCGAGGGUGGAUCUCUCGCCAUAGAAGCAAGAGGGGAAGCUGUCAGUGGGAGAGAUGGAGCAGCCGUGUAUGCGAGCAACCUCCCUCUAAGGGAUCCUCUGUGUGCGUGUGUGUGUGUGUGUGUCCCUGUGCCUUGGAUUUCCGCCUGUGCCCCUAAUCUCAUGGCUGGUUUUACAUCCGUGCACAACAGCUGGGCUUGUUCCAUUCUGUGAUCUCCAGAAACAAAGGCACUUCAGAGCCGGACGGACACACGCCCAGCCGCCUUGUUGUUAUUAGACACGGAGGAAGGCGACAGCCCCGUGGAGUUCUCUGCAUCGUCUGCAGCCGGGGUCUGCGUGUUUGUGCGGGGGAGAGCACGAGAGGCCGUUCCUGCCUAAAGAGACCGCUUCCUUGGCUCGCUCCACAUUAAUAUCUAGUAAUUUUCCACACCUCUCUGCUCCUUCCCUGACUCCCUGACAAGUGGCUGGAAGGUUGGCCUGGGCCAUGGGAGACAAAGGAACCAGUGGUAACGAGACGGCAGCCUACAAGUACAGAGUAUUUAAGAAAGCGAGUCCCAAUGGAAAGCUCACCGUCUACCUUGGGAAGAGGGACUUUGUCGACCACAUAGAUGUUGUGGAUCCUGUUGAUGGCGUCGUGUUGGUUGAUCCAGAGUACUUAAAAGAAAGGAAAGUCUUUGUCACGCUGACGUGCGCCUUCCGCUACGGACGGGAGGAUCUGGAUGUGCUGGGAUUGACCUUUCGGAAGGACUUGUUUGUGGCCAACAUCCAGGCCUUCCCUCCGGUCCCUGAGGAGAAGAAACCCCUGACGCGACUCCAGGAGCGGCUGAUUAAGAAGCUCGGCGAGCAUGCCUACCCCUUCACUUUUGAGAUCCCUCCCAACCUGCCGUGCUCCGUCACGCUGCAGCCUGGACCGGAGGACACGGGGAAGGCCUGUGGCGUUGACUACGAGGUGAAAGCUUUCUGUGCAGAGAACCUGGAGGAGAAAAUCCACAAGAGGAAUUCCGUGCGCCUGGUGAUCCGCAAAGUGCAGUACGCGCCGGAGAGACCGGGCCCCCAGCCCAUGGCGGAGACCACCAGGCAGUUCCUGAUGUCCGACAAGCCACUGCAUCUGGAGGCGUCCCUGGACAAGGAGAUUUACUACCAUGGCGAGCCAAUCAACGUCAACGUCCAUGUGACAAACAACACAAACAAGACGGUGAAGAAGAUUAAAAUCUCAGUGCGCCAGUACGCGGACAUCUGCCUAUUCAACACUGCUCAGUACAAGUGCCCCGUGGCUGUGGAAGAGGCAGAUGACGUGGUGGCUCCGAGUUCGACGUUCUGCAAAGUCUACACCCUGACCCCCUUUCUCGCCAACAACCGGGAGAAGCGGGGCCUGGCCCUGGACGGGAAGCUUAAACACGAAGACACCAAUCUGGCUUCCAGCACGCUACUAAGAGAUGGAGCCAAUAAGGAGAUCCUGGGAAUUAUUGUCUCGUAUAAAGUGAAAGUGAAGCUGGUGGUGUCUCGGGGAGGUGAUGUUGCUGUCGAGCUGCCUUUCACACUGAUGCACCCCAAGCCCAAGGAAGAGCCCUUGCACCGGGAUGUUCCAGAGAAUGAAGCUCCCAUAGAUACAAAUCUCAUAGAGCUUGAUACAAAUGACGACGACAUUGUGUUUGAAGACUUCGCCCGACAGAGACUGAAGGGCAUGAAAGACGACAAGGAGGAAGAGGAGGAGGGGACAAACUCGCCGCAGCUGAACGACAGAUAAACGGGAUUCUUUUAACCAGUUUUGUUUGUUUCCAGUAACACCUCUGCAUUAGGCUUCUUAUAUUUUGUAUGAUUUUUUUUUUCUACAUGUACCGGGAGCCUAUGGAUCACCCAGCUGGUGACGGCAAUUAUAAACCUUACAGCUGUGCCAUAUUUAUCACCGUGCAUCUAGCUACCUAGGCUGAAGUCUUGUCAGCUGUCUCGAGAACGAGCACAGGGCGGUGGGCCAGAUCCCGAGGGGGGUUGCAGCAAUCAGGCGUCACCGACGCUCAGCCUCCCUUAGGAUUUGGCCCCCUCUAGUCCCUGGCCCUGUUUUCACUCUGGAGCAGCUGUUCUCAGCCCUUUCGUAUGAUCUGCAUCUUUUAUGCAUUUUGUAUAAUCCAGACAAGACAAAUCUUUGUUACGGGGGUGGGAGGAAGGGGUGGGGCGGACAACGCGUGUGAAAGGGGUUUAUUUUCUAGGCAAAUUGUUUUCACUGCCGAUGGGACAGUGUAUGAAGUGGGCACAAUUCUACACCCUGGAUGGAGAACAGUUGUGACGCCGAUCAGCUGACCACACUGAGUCCUGGGCUGUGACCCGCCCUCCCUGCGGUUCACAGCCUAUUGGCAAAGCCUGCAGAUCUGUGCAUGGCCCAUCUGGGCCAAGAGCCUUGCCGACCCUUAGCACAGAGCCCGCGCCCCAACCUCAGCACUGCUGGUCCCCAGCCCCUGUCCCUCAUCUUGCUGGCUGAUGGCAAGGAUCUCCCUCGCUCGAGGGCAACUAGACUCCCCAGUGUGGGUCCCAUGCUGGCUCUGCUUUGACCCCUGUACCCGCACCAGGAUCCUAGCCCCACACAGGGUCUUGCAGGAAGUGGUGGAGGACUGGCUGGGCCAGGGCGCUCCUGCUGGCCACUCAGGGAGGCUGUGCAGAGCCCCGUUAGCUGCAGGCAGGGCUGGACAAGGGUUCCUGCCUGGGGAAGCAUCCCCUUACGUGAUCCCUGCCAGUUCCACUCAGCUCCUACAGAGUCAGGAGAAAGGGGCCGCUAGGGGAUCGACCCCAGUAUCUUAGUUUCUUCUGCAACACACUGUCCCCCUAGUCCGGCGUGUUUAGAGGAGGGAUGACGGGAAACGGUUUUUGUGUCUGUCAUAGGAGAGAGAGACAGUCACCAGCAGUUCAGACACAUGUGCUGAGAGUGCUGGCUCCCAGGGUGGAGACCGUAGGGUUGGGGAACCGCUGCUCUGGGAUCUGCUGUCUGUCUCCCAUUCUGCACCUUGCGUACUGUGCCAUGGACUUGGGCUGCUUGUGAUUGCAAGCUGCAGCCGUUCCGAGU